CUCCACCAUCCCUUUCUUCUAUCCCUCAAUAUCUCCACCAUCCCUUUCUUCCCUCCCUCACUAUCUCCACCAUCCCUUCUCUCACCUCUCCAGCAGCAGGGAGAGUCAGAGAGCGACGCCGACCCCGACGUGAUACCUCUACAGGAAGCUCUCCCUGACGGGGGUGGCGGCGGCGGGAGGGAGGCGCCCCCAGCCGCCACUCUCCUGCCCUCAGAUCGCUAUAUGUACGCCCCCGUCCCCGCCCACCUUCCCCGGAACAUACCGCCAUGUCCUUCCCAGUACAACGUCCUCGGGGUCCUGCAGGGAACGCCCCCCAUGUCAUCUGGCCAGGCUGGGGACCUCCCCGAGCCCUCCUACCACCACCACCACCUCCACCACAACACACCACCACACACCAUCACAACCACACACUAUCACCACCAUGUUUCCCCACCACCACACACCACCACCACACUACACCACAAACGCCCGUCACUGCCAUCAGCACUGCAGCACACAAAUCCCUACUAUACAGACUCACUAGUCGCUACAAACCAACAGCACCAUCCACUACCACCACCACCACCACCACACCACCACGACGACCACCACCAAGCUUAUCUCCACCAACAAGCAGGCUCGACCACUCUACCGAAGAGGACGACCCUCAGACCAGCCCCGCCAGCCAUCUACAGCUACGCCCCCACCACCAACCCACACCACUUGCCCUGUCCGGAUGUGGAGGGUAGCCUCCCGCCCCCUGCAGAGUACCUGGACCCGGAGAGGAAACGGGUAACCUUCUCCAGACAAGCCAGCUAUGAGGAAGACACGCCCAGCACCCCGCUUCUCAAGAAGGGAGAGAGCUCAGUUUGAUGCUCUGCUUUAAAUACUCCAUGUUUGUUAUUUUGUAUCGAAUAAUUCCAGUGAUGCCGUGCCGAUGGCGGUGUUUUUUACAAGUCGAAGAUCACGUGAAAGGACGGCAGUAUAAAUUAAUUUUUGAAUUAUAAGGGAAAUCCACUUUGAGUGUUAAACAUAUUUGAUGUCGUCAAAGAAAAUUAUAUAUUUUGCAUCUAAUCGCUUACUUAUUUUUAAUUCAGAAUUUAUAAAUAUACAGUAUAAAAAUCAUGACUUUAAUGGGGGAAGUUUUAUUUUAUGAGUUAUUUGUGUCUAAUGUUAU